AUGUUGUUUAUGAAUGUUGCCCCGCAUUUUUCAUUCGUCAUGAGCGUAGGGAUAGACAUCAAGGUCGAGGGGAUUCCUUCCACCACGAGGACGUCUUGGAGUUUCAACUUCAUCCCCAUGGAUGUCUCCACGGUCAUGGUUCCGACCUUUGUCGUGACGGUUUUGGUACCGCUAGCCACUGUGACUGAUCUGCUACAGUCUCUCACGUCUCGUAGGGCGUCCACGUCCCCGGUCAUGUGUGCCGAUGCACCAGAGUCGACAAUUAUCUCUUUGUGGAGGACGGUGACGCGCAGUGCUGCCACUUCCUCUGCGCUCAGGGUUGGUUGA